CAAGACAAGCCUGUCUCCGGAGACAGAUCUGUAUUCUGCUGCUCCAGACUGAGGCUCAGGGUGCCUCCAGCGCUCCACACGAGCCUUUACAACACAAACGCACAGAGACGCUUCUGGUGUCAGGACUGCUACACCUGCUCUGCUGCUCAGACUCUAACAGAGGAGACACUUCACAGGGGAGACCCUCCUUCUUUUCUGGGAGAAUGAAACUUGAAGUUUUCUCUGCGCACCACUUCGUGCAGAAGCCGAUGGAGUUGUGUAUGGACGCAGAGGGGGGAGUCCCGUCUCCUCUGUCCGGAGACGAGCUGGGGUCGGACGGAGACUGCGUGGCCAACAGCCCGGCACCUGUCACCCCGGGCGGCGACGGCAGCAAGGGGAAGCCCUACACCCGCAGACCCAAGCCCCCUUACUCCUACAUCGCCCUCAUCGCCAUGGCCAUCCGGGAGUCCAGCAGCGGCCGCCUCACUCUGGCAGAGAUCAACGACUACCUGAUGAAGAAGUUCCCGUUUUUCCGCGGCAGCUACACCGGCUGGAGGAACUCGGUGCGCCACAACCUGUCUCUCAACGACUGCUUCCUCAAAGUGCUGCGGGACCCGUCCAGGCCCUGGGGCAAGGACAACUACUGGAUGCUCAACCCGCACAGCGAGUACACCUUCGCUGACGGGGUGUUCCGCCGCAGGAGGAAGCGCAUCGCCAAGAGGGCCCCCAAGGAGCAGGAGAGCCCGGACAUCCUCAGCGAGGACACCCGCCUCCCCGCCCCGGAGGAGAGGGUGGGGGCCAAGUUCUCCAGUUCCUUCGCCAUUGACAGCAUCCUCAGCACACCUUUCAUACGGAGGGAGGACAGCCUGGUUGAUGCAGACACCCACGCCCCCCGGCUCUACUGGUCCCCGGGGGCCCACGUACUGCCGUACCCUCUGAACUAUCCGGCACAACACGUGUACCUGUCAGAAGCGGCGCGCGGCAGCACAGAGCCCAGCAGGGAUGCGCUCACAUACCUCCAGCACACAGCAGCGGGCAUGACCGGAACCGAGGCCGCUUUCAAGGUGCCCAGCAAGGCACGAGGUUUCCAUAUAGACUCCCUGCUGUCAUGAAACGCCAGGACUGAUGUCAGACUUGUAUGUUUUGACCCAUGAUGUGCACUUUUAUGGGCGCUCUUAGCUUUCAGUGCUUUAGCUGUUUAACUGUGUGGGACUCUUGUCUGUCUCGUCAUGACUACUGUAAGUCAUUUUGCAGUGAAAAAAAAAACAAAAAAACAAGAAAAACAAACAUGGCGUGUUGUCAAUAUAGAUCUAACUGUGUGGUGACUGAUCAAAUAGAUGCUGUCGUCGCAGGACAUUCCACAGUGUGUGUGUGUGUGUGUGUGUGUGUGAGUGUGAGUGUGUGUGUUGGUGUGUUAGAGGUCUUUAGAGUGUUUGUAUUCAUGUAUCCAUGGUUCAUUGGUCAUUUCUACUGUAUGACGGCAACCAAGUGCCAUGUUGAAACCCCAAACUAUUAACCUAUUUAUAUUUUCAUGUUUUGUAUGACCUGCUGUAUAAAAUAUUGUUGUAUAUAUAAAUAUAUAUAAAUAUUGACUGAGCUGCGAUGAGAAUCACGUGGCUGCACUAGAAACGCAUGGAAAAAUGUCCUGUUUUCCUGAGAUUGAUUCAUGCAUGCCUGGUAUUUUUAUGAAUAAAAAAACGUGAAACAAUGGGA